AUGAGAUUCCUUCUGAUUCUAGCUUUCGCAUUAGGCUCCGCGUCCGCGGCUGCAAUUGGAGAGAAAGAAGCAGAGAGUUCCAGUUUUAUAAACGGUCGCAUCGUCAAUGGCGCCGAUGCAUGGGAUGGUCUCCGUCCGUUCCAAGCUGGUUUGACUUUAGAAAAGGAUGGCAGCUGGUUAUGGUGUGGUGGUGCCUUAAUAGGCGCAAACUGGGUUUUGACCGCAGCCCACUGUGUAAAAGGUGUCCAAGCAGUCACUGUCUAUUUGGGAAGUACUUCUCGUGGUAACGGUGAAUACUCCACCACCGUUCACCAAAACGAUAUCCAUAUCCAUCCGGACUACGAUAGCUUAAACGACAUUGCUUUGGUUUGGAUUCACACUGUCUCCUUCUCUAACAACAUUCAACCCAUUAGCCUGCCAUCUAUCAAUCAAUACAGCAGCUAUGAAGGUCAAUGGGCAGUCCUUUCAGGUUGGGGUUACACCUAUGAUGGUUCGGGUCUUAACGGUCAUCUGAAGUAUGCUAGUGUGCCAGUAAUUUCGAACAGUGAAUGUAGUGUCUUUAAUAUAAACGAUGGCAUAAUUUGUACAAGAACUACGGAAGGCAGAGCAGCUUGCUCUGGUGACUCUGGUGGUCCAUUAACUGUGGAUGGAGUUUUGGUUGGUCUUGUAAGCUUCGGAGGUGGCUGCCAUUCUGAAUUGCCAAAUGGCUUCGCACGUGUUUCGUAUUACACAAAUUGGAUUCGCGACAUCACAGGCAUUGCUUACUAA